CCGGCGGCCCGGGGGCGGGGAUUGGCGGGGGCGCCGGCGAGGCGGGGUGCGGCGCAGGGCAGGGCGAGCGGCAGUUGUGAGCGGCAUCGCUGCUCCCGCUGUUGCUCCCUGCGCUCUCCGCCGCCCCGGGCUGCUGCCGCCGCCCCGGCAUGAGGAAACGCAACGAGUCGGUCACGGUGGAGCAUGAACGCGCCGCCGCCGCCGCCGCGCCCCUCGACAAGGGCUGCAGCCUGAGGCACAGCCUGCGCCUGCCCGCCGCCGCCGCCGCCGCCGACACGGGUAUGAAGCGACCGCUAGGCAGGCGAUCUGGGGUAUGGUUCCGGCUGCGGAAGCUGCUCGUCUGGCUGCUGGGAGUGUACGUAGCCAUUCCAUUCCUGGUCAAGCUUUGCCCUGCUAUUCAGGCAAAGCUGGUCUUCCUAAACUUUGUGAGGGUCCCAUAUUUCAUUGACUUGAAAAGACCACAGGAUCAAGGUUUAAACCACACUUGUAAUUAUUAUCUGCAGCCAGAGGAGGAUGUGACCAUUGGAGUCUGGCACACAGUCCCUGCAGCCUUGUGGAAGAAUGCUCGAGGAAAGGACCAGCUGUGGUUUGAAGAUGCUCUGGGUUCCAGCCAUCCUGUGAUCCUUUACUUGCAUGGCAAUGCAGGAACGAGAGGAGGAGAUCACCGUGUGGAGCUUUACAAGGUUCUCAGCUCCCUUGGAUACCAUGUGGUCACCUUUGAUUACCGAGGCUGGGGUGAUUCAAUAGGUAGCCCAUCAGAGAGGGGCAUGACCUACGAUGCCCUUCACGUCUUUGACUGGAUAAAAGCAAGAAGCGGAGACAACCCUGUCUAUAUCUGGGGACACUCCUUAGGCACAGGGGUGGCAACAAACCUCGUGAGGCGCCUUUGCGAGAGAGAAACACCCCCGGAUGCCCUGAUACUGGAAUCUCCAUUCACCAACAUCAGGGAGGAGGCACGGAGUCACCCCUUUUCUGUGAUAUACAGAUACUUCCCUGGCUUUGACUGGUUCUUCCUCGACCCCAUCACCACCAGUGGGAUCAAAUUUGCCAACGAUGAGAAUGUGAAAUACAUUUCCUGCUCCCUGCUCAUCCUUCAUGCCGAGGAUGACCCAGUGGUGCCGUUCCACCUCGGAAAGAAGCUCUACAACAUUGCUGCGACCUCCCGGAGCUUCCGAGACUACAAGGUGCAGUUUGUGCCGUUCCACACAGACCUCGGCUACCGGCACAAGUACAUCUACAGGAGUCCAGAGCUACCUCGAAUACUGCGGGAAUUCCUGGGAAAGUCUGAACAUGAGCAUCAGCACUGAAGACUGCUUGGCAGCACAGAGGUUUCCCUUUCUUUCCUUCCUCUCCUUCCCUUUGCUCCCCCCUCUCUGUGGGUCAGUCUGCCGUCCUUCCGUCCCUGGCACUGAAGGGGCUCAGGGAUUCCCACUCUGGUCCUGCUGUGUACCGUGGCAACUCCAGCUCCCGGCAUCGGCGCCUGUGACGGCAGGAGAAAGGAGUUGUUGGCUGCUUUUUUUCUGACAUGGAUGAAGGGAUGAUGACAGCCCAGGAGCCAGUAC